CCCCAUGGUGGGUGGUAGGGAGUAGGAAUUCGGAGUCGGCAAUAUGGCCGGCCAGAUGUGCAGCGGCAGGGUGUCACGGUGGUGUUAGUGCCGCGCGCGCUGGGUCUCGCUCUCGUUAUUUAUAUAUGUCGAACUACCGCAAGUCCUGUCCGAAUCUCGCGUGUUUUCAUGGGCUCGGUGAUAUACUGUGCAGGAGCAGGAACACGGUUUGCAUGAGGGCAUAGCACACGCUCACCGGCCAAGCAAACAUGAGCGAAGUGAGCAUAUCAUCCGCCCGCGCGUCGGUGAUGGUGUACGACGACGUGAACAAGAAAUGGAUACCGAGCGGCAGCUCGUCUGGCCUGUCGAAGGUUCAGCUCUAUCACCAUCAGGUGAACAACACCUUCCGCGUAGUCGGCAGGAAGCUGCAGGACCAUGAGAUUGUCAUCAAUUGCGCGAUCCUCAAGGGACUCAAAUACAAUCAGGCCACGGUCACGUUUCAUCAGUGGCGGGACAACAAGCAGGUCUACGGACUCAACUUCUCCAGUAAGGACGAUGCCGACGCCUUCGCUCGGGCGAUGCUCCAGGCACUCGAUGUGCUGAGCAAUGGCAGUAACAUAUCAAGGACCCUCGCUCCGACGUCUACCACGGUUACUCAACAGCAGACCGCCUAUCAGCAGCAGCAGCAACAGCAGCAGAGUCAGGCGACCGCGCAGUACGAGGAAGACAUGGGAUACAGUCAAGGUCGUAGCGCGCGGAUCUCCUUAUCCCUGGGCCAUCUGCCUACGGGGGGCCAGACGGCUCUGCCCGCGGGCUCUGCCACUACAACCCCCGAUCAUCACGCGACCGUUAGUGGUGCUGUUGGCACCGUUAUUCCGAAGGGCUGUUCGCGUGGCUCGCCGGGCGAUGGACACACGAGGACCAUGACUAGAGAAGACGUGGCAAUAAUUCAGGAACGGAGAAUGUCUCAGCAGAGUCAAGCAACCGGCAGUCCUAAUCCCAUAUCACCGAGCUGUCCGCCAGCUGUGCAGCAGCAGCAACAGCAGCAGCAACAACAACAGCAGCAACAGCAACAGCAAUCCGGUCAUCACCGUACUUCAUCGGCGCCACCAGCGCCACAGCCGCAGCAACAGCAGCAGGCGAUGCAAGGUGUCAGCGGUGUAGUCCCGGCCCCUCCGCAGAUGUCGAGUGGACCAGGAGUCGGCCCACCAGUGCCGCCACCCCAACCACCGAUUGCACCCCCCGCGCCACCCUGUCCACCGGCAAUGAUGAAUUUCAGCUCGUCCGCGGCACCGGCCCCGCCGAUGAUGAUGAAUCAGUACGCGCAAUCGCCAUCUCAGUCGAACCUCGCGAGUCAGCAGUCCCAAUGCCAGUCCAUCUACCAGGGGAAUCAGUACGGUGCCGCACCUACGAGUAACCAGUACGCGACUGCCACCGCCGCCGGCGGCGGUGCCGGAAGCGGCGCAACCACCGUUGUGGGCCAGAGCCCAAGCCAGUACCCACCGUCCGGCAAUCAGAACUUUUACGGUACUAACAAUCAGACGGGCAAUUAUGCCGCGAGUGGACAGGUCGGUGCGGGCCAAUAUAGUCAACCGGCUGGCAACCAGGCCGCACCGUACGGUAGCGGUAAUCAGUACGGAAGCAGUAGCUCAAUAAAUCAGUACACUACUGGUGCGCCGUCCGGUCCGGCGAGCCAAUACGCGGUCGCACAGCCUGGUCAGUCACAAUACGUGUCCCAGGCGCAAGCACAGUACGGAGGCGCUGGCCAAGUACAAGCUGCCGUUACAGGUACCACAAAUCCGUAUGGAACACCGUCGAAUUCGGUUAACCAGUACGCCGCAAGCGGACACCACACGGUCGGCCCUAACGCUUACGCCCCCAUCGCUGCUGGCGGCCCGCCACCACCCCCGAUGGUACCUGGGCUAACUGGGCCUGCCGCUCCACCACCGCCACCACCUCCACCGGCACCUAACGCCAACAGUUCCACCACCGCCGCCUCCAGCUCGUCUGCCAGCUCCUCGAAUGAUCCACCGCCUGAUACCAAUUCGCUAGCCGCCGCUCUUCAAGCUCGUCUUAAGAAGAAACAACAACAAUCGCAGCCGGUGGAGAACAGCGGCUCGAGCACUAGCAGUAGCGGAAGUGCCGGAGGAGGCGGCAAUUACGGCACCCUGGGCAGAGGUGGAGGCGGUGGAAUGGCUUCCAUGAUGGACGAGAUGGCCAAGACCCUGGCACGCCGACGGGCUGCCGCGGAGAAGAAGCAACCCGAGCAACCACCGGAACCCGAGAGCUCACCGGACAAGAAGUCCUGGGACAAAAACAGCUCGUCGAACAAGUUCUCUAACGGCGCCGAGUCGCCAAAAUCGGUACGCAAAAGGUUCGGCUCGGCCUCGGAAGACACCCUCCUCAAGGUAAACGGAGUCAACGACGGAACCUCGCUCACCGCGCAGGAGAUGGAGGCCUUCAAGGCGGAGAUAAUUAAGGAAGUGCGCAAAGAGUUCCAGAAGAUGAAGCAGGAGAUAAUCGAUGUCGUAAGAGCAGAACUGAACAAGAGAUAAAGAAAACGAGAUGGGGAGACGAAGAUGACAGAGCCGAGUUCUCGAGAGGAAUGAGACAGCGAAAAAAUGGGGGAAAAAAGGGAUAAAGAGAGUUUUGAGACUAGAUAUCGCUCCAUAUCGAAGCGACAUCAUCGAGACCCACAUACAGGUUUUUACAACAUAUUUGCGAGAAUGUAGUGUGGUUACAUUCACGUAUAUCGGACAUUUGUAUGUAAGUUAAUCUAACUUAGCAUUUUAAGUGGCCGUAAUCCUUUUUGUUAUUUGCUACAUUUGAGUGACAACCGUAACGAAACGUUGAAUCAGUUGAGUUUCAUUCGAUUCGAUACUCCGGAAUAAUCGAUACUGCGAAUUCUCCAGUUUUGACACAAGGCACAAGGGAUCACGAGAAAGAGGGAGAAAAAGCAAGAGACAUUUUAAGAAAAAUAUAAAAUAAAUACACGUGCAUGAUGAGAUAUUAUAUCGCUUCAUAAUAGAUUAAAGGAAUAUUGAUAAAGAACAAAAAAGUGGUGUACUAUUUAUGAUAUAAGUAAUAUCGAUCUCAUCAUAUAAAUAUGCAUAUAAAUAUAAAUAUUUAAAGUAAUAUUCACGUCUUGAGAGGUAUUCGUUCGCAGUCCGGUCCAUUUAUAGACCGGUCUUGCGAAAUGUUUCACAAUAAAGACCGUCAUGUUUGAUCGAUUGGACGAAAGUCUCGAGUUUCAACGUGACAGCUAUUCAAUUUGCGAGAAACUCGAUUGUUUCAACGUCAAAGUUACGCACCAUAUAAUUUCUCUUGCAUAUGACCAGGCAGGGUUUCUAAGACUUCUCUUGAUGCCGAAAUAUUUUUAACGUACCAACGAUCUCAUUAUGAAACAUUCUGUGCACAAUUUUCUUUUUCUUUCUUGUCAAUAUCGUGGCAUGUGUUCCUCGCAUUUUCGCCUUUGCAUCUCUCGUUUUUUGUCGGCACGCUGCCGUGUCAAUUAUUUUCGUGUUCUUUUAGCGUUGUUUUAGCCUUCGUUGCAAAUCGAUCUCUGUAUGAAAAUAUGAACAGGCGAAUACAUUCCAAGGCACAAUCUCAUUCCCCGACAUUGCGCUAAUUUCCUAAGACACGUCGAAGAACAUUGUAAAUAGCAAUAACGACGAUAGACGGAUGCCACGAUCGUUGAUUGUGAAAUUCUUGAGGACACGUAUAUCGCGCUUAAACGAGUUAUAGUUAAGGUAUCACCACGUUAACUCAUUCCCGGAUAUCUGAAUUGUGAUUCGAAUCGCACGUUCGAUACGGUCAUACGUUCUCCAAAGGAAACUACUGUCGUACAUCGAAACGUAUUAUUUCCCAGUUGCAUGGCAAUUUUUUCUUGAAACCCGGCGUCUAAUUGUAGCUCCACGGCUUUCUACAUGAUUAGCAACGGCUUUUAUUUCAACGAGCGUUUCUACGUAGACAAUUCGUUCACCCGUAUGGAUUAGUAACCGCUAAGCAUCCGUACGAUAUCUAGUUUAUUCUAUUUUUUUUGUGUCGUCUCGAGGCUAUUUACUUUAUUUGCACUCUCGACGCAUGUGAAUAUUACCGCGAUCGAUAAGGCUUCUACGCGAAGAGCCCUGGCUUUCAUCAUCAUUCAGCCAUCAUUUUUAUCAGCACGAACACGAUGCGAGACAUUUACGCUUCAUUUACUAUCGCACUUACAGUCGCGAACGACUGUUUUACGACUGUUAUUAUUAAUAUCGAUACUUCGCAAGAAGAGAACCGCACGGAAUAUACCGUACCGGUCAUUGGCAAACAUCUGCGUGAAAUUAUGCUGCCAAUGAAGAGCAAUUAAACUCGUAGGAUCUUUUGUUAAUAUAAACUUUUAUAUUUAUUAUUAAACAAAAAGGAUGUCCUCUGUUAAGGCGAAUCACAAUAUCCAUUAUCGGAUAGAAAAGUGGACUUUCAUGAUGCAGUUCUUUUAUUUAUUAUCGAGUAGAAAAA